UCUACUCCAUGUAUUCUGUACCAUACCAUACAUAGCAUUUUCGCAUACAGAAUCGGCAUCGUACGCAGGUAGUCGGCACUUUCGCCCAACUCGCCCCGCGGACCCGUAGCGCCGGGAAGACGGCGCCGCACCGCACCCGUGGUGUAACUCAAGCCUCCAAAAUUUCAAGCAAGCCACUUUCCGCACAACGACCAGCCCUGAGCCGAGGUAGAUAAGGCCAACCCAUCAUCACCCAAUUAUGGCGACGCACUUUUCCUUCUCCUUCUCCGGGGAUGAUAUUGAAGAAGACAAGCACAAAGCCCCUGCCCAGGGUUAUGUCGUGGCAAAUCCUGAGCCCUCUUCGACGGCUGGGCCGGCCAGUGCUUUCCCCGUCCAGGGCAAACCUCUUCUCCCGCCUGUCCAUCAUGACCUUGACCAGAUGCUGUCGAGGCUACCGUCCAAGAUCGCAUAUGGGAUGAUGGACGUGGACCUCGAUGGCAAGGGAACCAUUCGGUUACCGCGCCGAGAGCUUUGGGAUGUACGAGUUCAGCUCAUGGCCGAAGAGGGUGGCGAAGGUGGCGAAGGCGGCGACUCUGAGCACGAGCCCGGCCUGGGCCAGCACGAUGUCAAGACGGGCAUCUAUGAGGGCGGCUUCAAGAGCUGGGAGAGCAGCGUCGACCUGGUUAAGACCCUGGCUUCCGAGGGCUUCUCGGAUUUCCCAGGCCUCGGCCCAUGUCGCCUGAUCGAGUUGGGCUGCGGCACGGCCUUGCCAUCUCUUGCUUUGCUCCAGUGGGCCUCUGCCACAAGAGUGUCGGGGGAGAAAACCCCCUUGAUGCUAACCCUCGCGGACUACAAUCCCUCUGUCCUUUAUCUUGUGACGUUGCCUAACUUGCUCCUGGCAUGGGCUCUCCAGAGUCGGGCAGGAACCCCCCUGCUGGAGGAGGCGCUCUCCUCCGAUGGCGAGCUCGAGCUGACCGGCGAAGUGGUUGAAGCCUUCAAGAUCUUUCUUGUGUCCAAUCAGAUCUCACUCUCAUUCCUCUCGGGAGGCUGGUCCGCCGAGUUCGUCGAACUACUCUACGAGCCAGAGCACACCCCCAGUCUUCCAGAAGACCUGCAGACUUUGGUAAUAGGAGCAGAGACAAUCUAUUCGCCAUUCGCACUUGCGAGCUUCAGCGACACGCUUCUCUCGCUCCUCAGGAGAGAGCGUCAGGACAGACCCAACGGGCAGGCAAUUGCCAUAGUAGCAGCAAAGAGGCUCUACUUUGGGGUCGGCGGGUCCCUGGAUGAUUUUGUGGACAAGAUGCGGGGCCUGGGCGCCACCGUUGCUACCCUGAGAGAGGAAACAGAAGGAGUCCGACGUGGUGUCGUUCGAUGCGUCCUGUCAUGAACGUGUCAUGAACAACAGCCCCCACACCCUACCACAGCACACCGGCAUCGUCUGUUUGGAAGAUCCCCGGUCCACCCGUCUCAGGAAUGCCGCCUCUUCGCCGCCUUCCAGUCGGGUCUUCUGAUCUAGGCUGUUGUGGGGCCGGGACGAAUGAUGGAAUGUGUUUCAGAGUGUUCUACACGAGCAUGACGCCAAU